UGUACUUCCGUUUUCCCAUCAUGCAGUUUCAGAAACAUGGUGGCUGAAAGCUUUCAUAACAUUGAGGUCUGAUGUCACGUCUGUUAUCUAGCCCAUUUUUGCACCUGUGAAUUUAUGAGUAAGGGAAUAUUGGUUUUAAAUUGGAUUGUGCACAAUGCCGAAAUAUUACGAGGAUAAAGAGGAAGAUACCCGAGCAUGCGCCGGUGUCAGAGAGGACUUCAAGGCGUGUCUCCUUCAGCACGACUGCGUGGUCAAGGAGGGGAAGAUGCCCAGUGAGUGUUUGAAGGAAGGCCACUGCAAAGCCCUGCAGACAUCCUUCUUUGAGUGCAAGAGGUCAAUGCUGGACACAAGGUCAAGAUUCAGAGGAAGGAAAGGAUAUUGAGGAACCAUCUAAACGAGUGGUCGAGUGAAUCCUGGAGCAACUGUAAAUACUUGUAAUGAUUGAAACUAAAGAGCGCUGCUCAUAGGCCAGAGUGUGUGCAGCCUUACAACCUCAUCUGAAGUACGUGUCAAGAAAGGACUACCAAAUAUUAAAGAACAAUGCAAACUGAAGGACAAAAUGUAGUGCUGAAAAACACUGGAGCUGUCACUGGCUAGAGAUUUUUCUGGAUGAGUGUGUGUGUGUGUGUUGUGCUAUGAGAACCUUGAUGUGAUGAAAUAAAUAAUGAAUACAAUGUAAA